CCAGUCAUUACACGCGUCAAAACAAAUACCUGUCAAAAAGAUUUUAAUCCGAUUAUUUCAACCAUUUCAAAGUGUAACAUGUUUUCUGACUAUUGCUGAAGCGACACAACUACAAGUGAGAAGUAUGACGGUAGCAGGGGCAUCGGCUGGGCCGGGGACGGCUAGUCCUGUCAAGAUCAUCGCUAAUAUUUUCAUCUCGUUUAUUGGCGCUGGCGUUCUUGGAUUACCAUUCGCGUUUAAAGAGGCUGGUAUUAUUGAAGGUUCUGUCGUCAUGAUCUUAGUAGGACUAGUGAGUGUGAAGGCCAUGCUAUUGCUGAUAGAGUGCAAAUACCGCAUUCUUGAGAAACACAAGCCCCCAACGAAGAAAAUAACAGAGAAUGGGUCAGUGGACAGCACAUUUGACCAUGCACCAGAGUCUGAAAAUCUCAUUGAGGGCGAGGAAAACACUGUCCUUGAUCUGGAGAUGGAGAAAUCAUCGUCUUCAAAAGAACCUGCCAAUUCUGAAAUUAGUUAUGGAGAUGUUGGGAACCAGGCUAUAGGACCCACAGGAAGGUUACUAGUAGACCUUGCCAUCGUUGUAUCUCAAGUCGGUUUCUGCUGUGCUUACAUCAUCUUCAUCACUGAGAAUCUGUCGGACUAUCUGCCACAUGUCACCAUGCCUGUAUGGCUGCUGAUCCUUCUGCCCCCGCUGUGUAUUCUCAACCUAGCCCGUCAUCUUGGUGGUCUCGCUGUCACCAGCUUGCUUGCCCAGUGUUCCAAUUUGUUUGCAUUUGUGGUCGUCCUCUGGUUUGAUUUUGAUCACCUUCACAAUAUAGAAGUUCAUCCCAGAAAAGUCAAAAUCAGUGGGCUGCCGUUUUUCUUGGCAAUAUCUAUAUACUGUUAUGAGGGAGCAGGAAUGAUUUUGUCGCUUGAAUCCUCUUUAGCAGAACAAGUUAGACAUAAAUUUAAAAAGUAUUUUGUGACCACCAUGUUUGUAGUAACUACCAUGUAUGUCUCAUUUGGAAGCUGUGGUUAUGCUUCCUUUGGAUCAGAAACUAACCAGAUUAUUACAUUGAAUUUACCUAAAGGAGAAUCUAUAGACUUCGCAAUGAUCGUGAAAUCCUGUUUGUGUUUAGCCCUAUACUUCACAUACCCAGUAAUGAUGUUUCCCGUGAUGAAGCUGCUGGAUGGCUACCUCAUCUGGGAACCAGAGAACAACAAGUGCAAGGGGAAUGUGUUGCGUGUAGCAAUGGUGCUGUUGACAGGAUUUAUCGUGCUGAUGAUCCCGAGUUUCUCUAACAUCAUGGCGCUGGUCGGGGCAACAUGCUGUACACUUCUAGCCUUCACUCUACCGGGACUUUUCCAUUUGUCCAUAUUUAAAGGGAGUUUGUCACGAUCCCAAGUCAUGUUUGAUUGGUUCUUGAUGGGAAUGGGAGUGCUAGGAGCUGUGAUAGGAACAAUUGAUGCCCUGAACAGAAUGGCGACAUCACAAAUCCACACCAUCGUGGCCCACGAUGUGUUGGCAAACCAGUCCCUCGUUGACACGGCUGGUAGUGAAGUCGCAUCUUGAUGACAAGAAAUUAUCUAGUUCUCAUACAUACACUUUUGUGGUAGAUUCAGGUUAUUGAAACCUAAGUCAAUUAUGUUAAUGUGAUAAGGUAGAAUUUCCAUGUUGAAAAUGUUGAACGGGGAUUGGACAUAUGUAGGGCUAUGAAUGGCCUUGUCAGUAAAACAGCUAUCAUAUUUGUAAUACUGUUAAUAUUAGCAAGGUUUGAAGGGUGUUCAUAUGUCAUAACAGGGACGAAUCACUGAUACCGAACAAGUAUUCAGGUCUUCAAGUCUUCCACUGGCACUGUUUUCAUUCUGAACUUGGUAUUGACAGUGUUCAUUAGUUUAGUGUUUAUGCUAUGUUUCAUAAUUGUAUAUUAAUAUUAAUGCCAGUAUGUCAACCAAUCUCUUUGGAAUAAGGAUCAGCUUUAGUUGAUAGAAUUAUAUGUUGUUAAACAAAUAUAGGUCAAAAGAUUUAAUCAACUUUUAUAGAAAAGCUAUCAAUAUGGUGACAUUUAUUUACAUAAAGCUAUGCAGCCCAUCUCUAUACUUGUAUAAAAUGUAUCUUAUCGAGCGGGUUAAAUAAACUCUUGGUUGGGAAAAGGGAUUAUAAUUUGCACAACAAUCAUACAUUUUUUUUUUAAUGUUUAUUAUAGGUUUGGCUUUAGUAAGUCAUUUUAUAUCCACAUUUAAUUCGCACUGUAGCAUAUUAGAGUGUUUCUUUUGCGUUAUGUAAUAAUUCUCAUAUUAGAUUGGUUAACAGUUGGCAGAGCUCUCACCAAGCAAGAUUCAAUGAUCAUAUCAGAUUGGUUAACAGUUGGCAGAGCUCUCACCAAGCAAGAUUCAAUGAUCAUAUCAGAUUGGUUAACAGUUGGCAGAGCUCUCACCAAGCAAGAUUCAAUGAUCAUAUCAGAUUGGUUAACAGUUGACAGAGCUCUCACCAAGCAAGAUUCAAUGAUCAUAUCAGAUUGGUUAACAGUUGACAGAGCUCUCACCAAGCAAGAUUCAAUGAUCAUAUUAGAUUGGUUAACAGUUGACAGAGCUCUCACCAUGCAAGAUUCAAUGAUCAUAUUAGAUUGGUUAACAGUUGGCAGAGCUCUCACCAAGCAAGAUUCAAUGAUCAUAUUAGAUUGGUUAACAGUUGACAGAGCUCUCACCAAGCAAGAUUCAAUGAUCAUAUCAGAUUGGUUAACAGUUGACAAAGCUCUCACCAAGCAAGAUUCAAUGAUUCUCAUAUCAGAUUGGUUAACAGUUGGCAGAGCUCUCACCAAGCAAGAUUCAAUGAUCAUAUUAGAUUGGUUAACAGUUGGCAGAGCUCUCACCAAGCAAGAUUCAAUGAUCAUAUUAGAUUGGUUAACAGUUGACAGAGCUCUCACCAAGCAAGAUUCAAUGAUCAUAUUAGAUUGGUUAACAGUUGGCAGAGCUCUCACCAAGCAAGAUUCAAUGAUCAUAUUAGAUUGGUUAACAGUUGGCAGAGCUCUCACCAAGCAAGAUUCAAUGAUCAUAUUAGAUUGGUUAACAGUUGGCAGAGCUCUCACCAAGCAAGAUUCAAUGAUCAUAUUAGAUUGGUUAACAGUUGGCAGAGCUCUCACCAAGCAAGAUUCAAUGAUCAUAUUAGAUUGGUUAACAGUUGACAGAGCUCUCACCAAGCAAGAUUCAAUGAUCAUAUUAGAUUGGUUAACAGUUGGCAGAGCUCUCACCAAGCAAGAUUCAAUGAUCAUAUCAGAUUGGUUAACAGUUGGCAGAGCUCUCACCAAGCAAGAUUCAAUGAUCAUAUCAGAUUGGUUAACAGUUGGCAAAGCUCUCACCAAGCAAGAUUAAAUGAUCAUAUUAGAUUGGUUAACAGUUGGCAGAGCUCUCACCAAGCAAGAUUCAAUGAUAAUAUCAGAUUGGUUAACAGUUGGCAGAGCUCUCACCAAGCAAGAUUCAAUGAUCAUAUUAGAUUGGUUAACAGUUGGCAGAGCUCUCACCAAGCAAGAUUCAAUGAUAAUAUUAGAUUGGUUAACAGUUGGCAGAGCUCUCACCAAGCAAGAUUCAAUGAUCAUAUUAGAUUGGUUAACAGUUGGCAGAGCUCUCACCAAGCAAGAUUCAAUCAUAUUAGAUUGGUUAACAGUUGGCAGAGCUCUCACCAAGCAAGAUUCAAUGAUUCUCAUAUCAGAUUGGUUAACAGUUGACAGAGCUCUCACCAAGCAAGAUUCAAUGAUCAUAUCAGAUUGGUUAACAGUUGGCAGAGCUCUCACCAAGCAAGAUUCAAUGAUCAUAUUAGAUUGGUUAACAGUUGGCAGAGCUCUCACCAAGCAAGAUUCAAUGAUUCUCAUAUCAGAUUGGUUAACAGUUGACAGAGCUCUCACCAUGCAAGAUUCAAUGAUUCUCAUAUCAGACUGGUUAACAGUUGACAGAGCUCUCACCAUGCAAGAUUCAAUGAUUCUCAUAUCAGAUUGGUUCACAGUUGGCAGAGCUCUCACCAAGUAAGAUCUCGUUUGACUUUCGCAGAGAAAGUUUGCAAAAAAUGAGUGUAAAUACGUACAUGAAUAUUUUAAAAUGGGUGUGUAUGACUAUUUACGAAAACAUUUGGUCAGGACACAGAUAAAUUCCUUCACUUACCUUGCACUGAGAACUAUAAUGCAAAAACAUACAAUCAUAAAUUUGCACGCUAAUUAUUCAUUGGUAUGCUUUGAAAGUGUGGUACAAAACAGCUACUAAAGCUAACCCUUGUAAUUGAAUUAAUACAUAACUCAUAUCUCAUAUCAUUUUCAAAACUCAGGUAGUUGGUGCAGUUUCUUUUUCAUAUUUUAUAAUUGUACAACUAAUUAAUCAUGGAAUCUAUGUAUCAUACAUCAACUGUGUUUACCAAAGUACCAUUUUAACAUGUUCAGAGUAAAUUAAAGCAAUUUUGAUUUAUGCAAGAAAAUAAAAGGCACCAAUUUUGUCACCAGUUUUGUCUUUCAUUGUCAUUAUAGAGUUGUCCUUAAAAUGUUUUUACAUAACACUGCCUGAUAGUGACAUUUUUAUUGAAUAAUAUGAGUUUGUCAUGUAUUCAUCAUAAAUGUAAUUAUUCUUUGUGAAAAAUGUCCGGGACAGAUUUCCCUGUAAACUCUUUUUAUGACAAUUAUGUAUAUUUUGGAUUGAGGAAUUUUUUUUUUACAUAUAAAUGUAAAUUUAUCAUUUAGCUAAUUUUAUGAAAUAAAUGGUAAACGGUGUAAACUUACAUUUGAGUAUUAAGUAUGGGUGAUUUUUGUUGAUACUUAUUGAUUGGUGUUUAUGAUUUUGUUGUCAUAAUAUUUAUGUUUACCAGUAAUGUGAUACUUUUGAUGCCUAUUUUGGUUUAUGUAUUCUGUGUGUUCACUAUAGUUACAUGUAAUCAUUCUCAAUGCUUUACUUGCAAAUAUUGACCUUGGCACAUUUUAAUGAUAAUUGAAUUGAUCUUGCCAUUAUUGUUUUAUUUAUGACAAGUAUGUCAAAGAAAAUUAUCCAUGUUAGAUUUUCUCUCAUUAAUUAAUUCAACAUUAAUCAGUUAUGCUCCAUCUGAUUUUUUUUAGAAAGCCUAUUACUUGUACUUACUGAUUUCAUUUGGGAUUUGUGAAAUACAUGAAGUAGAUUGUGGCAGACGGGGCACUCGUAUGAAUACUGGUAUUUGUGUGAAAUAGUGUUAUUUAUUUAUUGAAAUCUGGAGCUUUACCAGCUGGAAACCAAGGUGCUGUAUAUUAUUGGGCCCAUACUGGGUUUAUAUAUUCCUGUAUUUUUAUAUGUCAUUACAUGUAUAUAGGUGUAUUUUUGUAUGUCGUUAAAAGUUCCUGGGGAACACUGUUGAUUUGUGAGAUUUUUAGAUUCUGAAAAAUGCGUUGUAUAUGUUUUAAAAAAAUGAAAGUUUUAACUCUUUAAGUUCUUACUUCUUUUUAUGAUUAACAUUUUUAUGGGUGUUUUGUGUUAUUUGGACCACACUAUUUGUGUGUAUCCGAUGGGUUUAUAGUGUUGAAAUCAUGUACUAUACUGUAAACAUGCAAAUCGGAUGUGAUAUUGUGUGAUAUUGAUUAAUGUACGGUAAUCAAACUAGAAAAUUAUUGUCUUAACAAGCGUUAAUUCAUUCCAUUUAGGAAACACUACAUCUCCCGUAUGUCUUCAAAGAAGAAAUCAAAUGCAAUAGUGUGUUUGUGCGAUUUUUUUUCCAUUUUAAGGUCAUUAUUGCCAGUGCUAAACUCUCUCUGCUUAAGUAUUUUUCAUUAAUCAUUUAUAUUAUUUAUGGCGUUGGGACCAUGUGACAUUUUCCCGUCAACAUCACCUCAUUUCCUCAUGUAUGUCUUUUUUUCACUUCUUGUUUCAUUGUUUAGAUAUCGCUCAUCUGAAUCUUUAUUUCUAAAUAAGCAAGAUGUUAAAUGUAAAUUAUUGCAGGAGACUCAUAAUAGAGAUGUGAUUUAUAGCUUGGUUAUUCAAAGAAUAAGGAGCUUUACUUCUCUUUACGGCGUAAGUGUUUUUCGUCAGCUCUCGUUAAUGUUUUAGGGCCAGUUAGUAUUUUUCACUUAUAUCUCCAAUACUCUUCAUUCAACUCAUUUAAUACUUCACACAUUUGUUCAAGACCAUCACUCAAGUAGGUUACAUAACUCCAUAUUAACCGUAAAUACAAAUUAUGAGCCUGUUAUUGCUUUCGACAGGCACAAUUUUAUGUUUUUAAACAGGCUUUUACAAAGUGAAACCUUGUUAUAAGAAUCACUUAUGCCGUUGUUUGAGUAAGCUGGUGGAAGGGCAGUGUCAAACUCACCUAUGGUAUUGAAUAAUUUUGUUAGGUUUGACCUAUAGUAACCAAACUUGUAAUUAUAGGAAGAGUUUAUGGACACCUUUCAUGAGAUUGAGUUUUGGGCCCCUAGGGUCAGGUUCAAUGUUAAAAUAAAAUGAAAAAUGGUUUGCGGAGCAAACUCACCUAUGGUGUGGAAAUAUAUUAGUUAGGUUGACAUAUUCUCACCAAACUUGGUAUAUUGAAAGAGUUUAUCACUAAGUGAAAGCUGGUUAUAAGAAUCACUUACACCUUUUUUUGAGUAAGCUGGUGGAAGGGCAGCUUCAAACUCGCCUAUGGUAUUGAAUAAUUUUGUUAGGUUUGUUAGGUUUGACCUAUAGUAACCAAACUUGUAACUAUAUGAAGAGUUUAUGGACACCUUUCAUGGGAUUGAGGUUUGGGCCCCUAGGGUUAUGUUCACUGAAACUAGAAAUAGAAAAUGAUUAGUCCUGAAUAAUUUAAGUUUGUGUUGACAUAUUGUGACCAAACUUGGUAUAUAGGAAGAGCUGAAAGGUACCUUUUGUGGGAUUGCAUUUAGGACUCCUAGGGUCAAGGUCACUGUAACUAAAAAAGGAAAAAUGGUAAGGCCUGAAUAACUUUAGUUAGGGUUGACGUAUUGCAAUCAUACAUGUUAUUAAGUAAGAGUUUAUGGAGACCUUUCAAUUGAUUUUAUUUGGGGCCCCUUGGGUAAAGGUGAAGGUCACUGAACCUUAAAAUAGAUAACUGUUUGGUACUGCAUAACUUUAGUUAGGGUCAACAUUUUUUACCAAACUUGGUAUUUAGGAAGAGUUUAUGCAGGAUUUCCAUGGCAUUGCAUUUGGGCCCCUAAGGUCAAGGUCAAGACCACUGUAACAAAAAAUAGAAAGAAAAAUCCCUGAUUAGACUGAAUCGCACAACGAAGGCUGAUGUUCUUCUGUCAAUCAUUGAAAACAUGGCUUUGUCUCAUUGUGGCGAUUUUUGUUUACUAUUUAUUCAACUUUUUUAUUAUUGCUUUUGACAGGCAGGUAUUUCAUCAUUAUUUUAUAUUAUUUCUAAGACAAAGUGCCAUAAUGUUGAGCACGCUGUCCUACGACAACUCUUGUUUUGUUCAAAGUGUCUGUUAAACAAAAACUUUAAGCUAUUAAUUUCGGUAAAAACAUGUUUUUGUAUGACUUUCUUAAAUUAAAGUAACUAUUGGCCAUUAGCAUGCAACUCUUGGUUUUACACAAAGUAAGUUCUCUUACACUCUUUCAACUCUUGAAAACAUGUAAGACUACAGACUCUCACAUGUGUGUGUACACUAGAUGUGUGUGAACACUAGAUGUGUGUGUGUGUGUACACUGUGUGUACACUAGAUGUGUGUGUACACUAGAUGUGUGUGUGUGUUCACUAGAUGUGUGUGAACACUAGAUGUGUGUGUACACUAGAUGUGUGAACACUAGAUGUGUGUGUACACUAGAUGAGUGUGUACGCUAGAUGUGUGUGAACACUAGAUGUGUGUGAACACUAGAUGUGUGUGUACACUAGAUGUGUGUGAGCACUAGAUGUGUGUGUACACUAGAUGUGUGUGUACACAUGUGUACACUAGAUGUGUGUGAACACUAGAUGUGUGUGUACACUGUAUGUACACUAGAUGUGUGUGAACACUAGAUGUGUGUGUACACUAGAUGUAUGUGUACACUAGAUGUGUGUGUACACUGUGUGUACACUAGAUGUGUGUGUACACUAGAUGUGUGUGAACACUAGAUGUGUGUGUACACUAGAUGUGUGUGUACACUAGAUGUGUGUGAACACUAGAUGUGUGUGUACACUGUGUGUACACUAGAUGUGUGUGUACACUAGAUGUGUGUGAACACUAGAUGUGUGUGAACACUAGAUGUGUGUGUACACUAGAUGUGUGUGAACACUAGAUGUGUGUGUACACUAGAUGUGUGUGUACACUCUGUGUACACUAGAUGUGUAUGUACACUAGAUGUGUGUGUACACUAGAUGUGUGUGAACACUAGAUGUGUGUGUACACUAGAUGUGUGUGAACACUAGAUGUGUGUGAAUGUGAUAAGAAUGGUAUUGAAAUACACUGAUAACAACAGCUAGUAUGCAUGCUGGGGCAUUUAUACAAUAUGUGGUAUAUUUGUUGGAAUUACUAACUUGUUAGUUAGCAUUGCUAUACAAUAAAAUUAAUGUGAUCAUA